UUCGUGCGUCCUUUAAAUCCCCGUCGGAAUUCCGAUAUUUCCGACAGCACUUUAAGGCAGCAUUGGUUAGAAGUUUAGCGGCAUCGCGUCGCUCCGGACGAACAAUCCCGCUGAACAAACAAAGUAAACAAAUAUGAAACGUCCCGGGAAUGUAAUAACAGCGACCUUUACAACAUUAACUCUUCUCUUUUGCCUGUCUUCAGUCCGAGGUGACUACUGUGAGGUGAAUGUUUGCCAUAAUGGAGGAACAUGUGUGACCGGGAUAGGAGAGGAUCCAUUCAUCUGCAUCUGUGCUGACGGCUUCGGUGGAGACAGCUGCAACCUGACGGAGAUCGGACCCUGCAUUCCCAACCCCUGCAAGAACGAUGCGUCCUGUGAGAUCAUCGCUCCGACCAGACGAGGAGACGUUUUCAACGAGUACGUCUGCAAGUGCCAGCCCGGCUUCGAGGGAGCGCACUGCCAGAUCAAUGUGAACGACUGUUACAACCAGCCCUGUAAGAAUGGAGGGAAAUGUCGAGACCUGGAUGGAGACUAUGCCUGCCAGUGUCCCUCGCCGUAUGUUGGAAAGCAGUGCCAGCUACGUUGCAUUUCUCUUCUUGGGAUGGAGGGAGGAGCAAUCGUGGAGUCCCAGAUUUCAUCUUCCUCUGUGCACUACGGCAUUCUGGGUCUUCAGCGCUGGGGCCCGGAGUUGGCUCGACUCAACAACCAAGGCAUCGUCAACGCCUGGACGUCUGCCACCCAUGACAGGAACCCCUGGAUUGAGAUUGAUAUGCAGAAGAAGAUGCGUCUGACGGGCAUCAUCACUCAGGGCGCCAGUCGUAUGGGUGCAUCUGAGUACAUCAAGGCUUUCAAGGUGGCGAGCAGCUUUGAUGGAACGGCUUAUAUCACGUACAGAGUGGAGGGCCAACGGAGGGACAAGGUUUUCGUGGGGAACACAGAUAACGACAGCACAAAGACCAACCUUUUUGACCCUCCUAUCGUGGCCCAGUAUAUCCGCAUCAUCCCUGUGGUUUGCCGCAGGGCCUGCACGCUGCGCAUGGAGCUGGUGGGCUGUGAACUUAAUGUUUAUUCAAACACGGCAGGUUGCUCAGAGCCUCUGGGGAUGAAGUCUCGCCUCGUCUCAGACGGGCAGCUUUCAGCCUCCAGCUCUUUCCGCACGUGGGGCAUCGAUACCUUCACGUGGCACCCUCAGUUUGCACGGCUGGAUAAGCAGGGAAAGACAAACGCCUGGUCUCCUGCAAACAGCAACCGCUCAGAGUGGAUCCAGGUGGAUCUUGAGAAGACGAAGCGCCUCACAGGCAUCAUCACUCAGGGCGCCAAGGACUUUGGGGUGGUGCAGUUUGUGUCAGUGUUUAAAGUCGCUUACAGUAAUGAUGGAGAGUCGUGGAGUAUGGUAAAGGAGGAGAACUCCAACAAUGAUAAGCUCUUCCAAGGCAACACUGACAACAACACCCACAAGAAGAAUCUAUUCGAGCCUCCGUUCUACGCCCGAUACGUCCGAGUCGUCCCCUGGGAGUGGCACGAACGCAUCACUCUACGUAUGGAGCUGCUGGGCUGCGACGAUUAAAAACUAAUCAGUCACUAAUCUAACAGUGCUCCAUGCUCAUCCUGCUCGCUUCGCCUCCUCAAACCACAGCAGAGGAAAGGAUCUCAAACAGAAUACUCUGUUUUGUUUCUCUGGAUAAAAAUCCUGUUGGCUGCUGGGACUGUUAACACUUGUAGCACUUUCUAACUAGUGAUCUUUUUUAAGUUUAUGUUAAUUGUUUGACAUUAAUCAAAGAGAAUCUUCUAUGAAGUAUCAAUGGUUUGAAUAUUAAUAGUUUUGGAUACAAACUAAAUUUGCAUAGAUUUGUCCUCAGUCCACGUUAUUUUGUCCUUCUAAGAAUCCAAAUUGUUUUCAGGUUCACUUAAUGAUAGUGCUCUUCCCCUUUUCCAGUUGUGCUUCAAGCUAAAUUGCCAGUUUUAAACUUGUUAUGUCCCUCCUUUGCAGUCCCACAUCAGUUAACAGCACUACCUUUCUAUGUUAAGGACAAACAGCCUCACCAUAUCUCACUAUAGCCAACUGCUGUGUAGUUACUCGAACUAUAAUGACGCAGGGCCUGUGCAAUAUAGAGUAUAUUCUGACAUUUGCAACUAUUCUGGAAGAGAUAUGUCCAAAAGAAGAAAAUUUAAACUUUCAAAUUCGAACUGCAGCACAUAGAUCUGUGAAUCAAAUGAUGGACUAAUAAACAGUAGGGCUUCUGUUGUUGUUUUUUACAUAUUUAGCAGGUUAUUCCACUUCACUCUUACAAGUAAUUGCAUUGUAAUUUAAUCCUUUUUACUACAAAUGUGAAAUAUGUGUAGAAAAUAAACAUUGUUUUACAACA